GGGAUGAAUAAUCCUGGACAAGGGCCUGUCCGACUUUCACAACCUAAUUCACGACCUCUGCCGAGUUUGCCCUUGACUCAUACUCGCAGCAUGGUGUCACAAGGUUGUAGGAGAUCGUAGGUAGGUCGUAGCAGGCCCUGAUGCUAGUCGUAGGUACUAGUGGCAUCAAGUAGGUCGGGGCGUUUUUUCUAGCAUGAUGAAAAAUGUCCACGAGUAGAAAAGGUUGUGAAUUAGGUUGUGACAAUGGGACAGGCCCUUAACUGUUUCUUUUUCCAGUAUCACAGAUGCUGUCUGACCUGCUGAGUGUUUCCAGCAUUUUCUGCUUUUAUUUCAGAUACGUAGAUUAUUUCAUUGAAGCGAAAUGCAUGACCUUCCUUGUGGUAACACAGGGUUUUACCCGGUACUGAAAAGGAGUUUCGAUUCCUCUCAGUCUUGUUAUUUACUAAGAUUAGUCAUUCUUCAUGAACAAAAGUGGCAGCAACUUAAGCUGUAGCCAUUGUACGUUAUCAGAUGGAAAUUGUAAAUAAUUUAAAAUUUUUAAUAUAAAAUAAUAAUACGAAAAUAUAUAAUUCCAUAAAAUGAAAAACUGAGUCUCCAAUUUGAGAGAACGGUGAAUGAAUAACUAACUGCUCUGUUGGUUCCAUUCUGUUUGGUUACUGCGUUAGACCGUAAACAUUGAGUGAAAUGUUUGCUCAAGGCCUGGGAGAGAUAAAGCCCCUUAUCACAAAAUGAAACACUUCCAUGCUUUAGCUCCGGACAACAGUAGAAGGGAGAGUUUCAUGAAGGGGAUCGCAUCAGAACGAUCUUUCCCUCAGAAUGCUGCGGAAAUUUAUUCUGAUCUUUUCUUCUAUCCUGUACUUCGAUCCUGCACUAUCAAUAUAUGUCACAUCAAGUCACCCGUAUGUGGUAGUAAACAUUGGCACCAAUGCUACCCUUGACUGCAGUUACAAAACAGCAGUUGAAUCCCAGUUCUCUCUUGAAUGGCGGUUUACACCAGGGCCAACUGAAAAUGCACAAGCAGAAAAGAUUCUUUACUACACUGAUGGAAACGUUUAUAAACUUGGGUCUCAAGCGAAUAGAAUCAAUCUGAUUGAUCAGGUACCAACCAAAGGAGUUGCUUCCAUUAGAAUUGAAAACACCAAGUCAUCAGACACUGGCAGGUAUUCUUGCGAUAUCAACAAUCCUCCAGACUUCACUGGGCCGAGUGAGGCAUUUGUCAAUUUAAUUGUGCGAGUUCCACCAUCGAUUCCAGAGUGCAAAGUGAUCGGAGCAUCGUACAUAGGAAAUAACGUUACAUUGCUCUGUCACUCAACGGUGGGUCGUCCGGCACCUCAGUACAAAUGGUCCGAGGUCCGCUCUGCUACUGUGACAGCUUCACCAAGAAUCACGUUGAAAGUAGAUCCCAAAAAAGGAACCCUGAUUCUGAGGAACCUCACAAUGGAGGAUUCGGGAAUAUACCGAUGCAUGUCAUCCAAUGUCCUUGGGGGACAAUCAUGUCAGCUGACUUUGUCAGUCACAGUGAACAACAGGGCUGGAGUGAUUAUUGGCGCUGUGAUUGGUACCCUUAUGGCUCUGAUCCUGAUCGCUGUCGUUGCCUACUACCUUUUUCAUAAAAAGAAGGAGACGUCCAAGGACCACUACAUGGGACAUGAGUUGAGAGUGGAUGCAAUGGCUCCUGGUAAAGAAACUAAUUCCAAUUUACUGGCAUCAUCUGCACACAACCAAGAAACCAAGUCAAACAGCAUGAACUCAAAGUACAAUAUUGUUGUGUGACUCUCUAACCUCAAGCUCCAUACUUUACAAAACUGAGAAAUUUAGAGUAAGAUAUUUAGAAAAAAAAUCUCAUUGCCUUUUUAUAUUUGUUUUGCACCUUAAAAUUUCUUCAUAUACAUUGUUGUCUUAUAAUAAAGCUGUUUUUGGCUCUGAUCAAGACAAUUGUUCAAUGAAUUCAGAUGUACAAAUAUGACAUUACUACAUAAGCAAUGAAGCCUAAAAAUCACAACUCAAUGAACUUUUCAUUGUUUUGCUUCUCGCUUUCCAAGUCUUCUUUUGCACAAGUUUGAAUGUGUCAGCUUUAGGAACACAAUUCUCUUCAGGGCAAAAUGACACAACGAGCUGGAGUAACAUGGAGUAACUUUGCACAAACUUGAAUGUGUCAGCAGAUCAGACAUCAUCUCUGGAGUAACAUGGAUAGGUGACGAUUUGGGUCGGGGUCCUUCUUCAGGAUAUGCGGGGCACUCUCACCUCUUUACGGAGAUACAACCUGUAGCAUUCAGAAGGAGGAGGCUAGCACAGAACCAUUAAUUUCCUGGAAUAUAACUGGGAUAAAUGAUACAAACCAUUUCUCAAACUAUGUAUAGAUUAUUUUGUAGGCUGAUCAUUGUUGUCUUUCAUUAUCAUGUGAGUGAAGAACAGAGCAGAAACACAUCAGCCCAGUGACCAAGGUUUAGAUUUAUUAUUGUCACAUGUACCGAGCUACAGCGAAAAAGCUUUGUUGUCUUUCUGCCCCAUCAAAUCAGUUAAUACUAAUUGGACUAUUCCCCAGCUUAUAGAGCGUACCCUCCAUAUGAGAAGACCAUUUAUGGAGUAGCUGAAGGCAGAUGGCAAGAGCACUUUUAUUCAAUGUCUUCAUUCAUGGCAUGUGGGUGUGUUGAUAGAAAGGCCGGCACCCUUUUGUCCCUUGAAAAUCCAUGUACAAUUUUCUCACAGUUCUAUUUUUGAAAUCUAGCUCCAAAUUGGUUUCCAGUGCUGCAAUGCUACCACUGCAGUAAGAUAGCCCUCCCCACCUCCAGUCUCCCUGCAGUCUUCAUCACAUUCAAAUGUUGCCUCCUCCACCGCAUUUAGUGGAUAGAUGAUAAUGAUACAGUUCAGAAAUAACUUUUUUGAACACCUUCUCUUCAACGUAAAUCUUGACAGUCAAAACCUUUUUCUCAGGGUGGAAAUGUCAAAGGAUAGAGGGCAUAUCUUUAAGGUGGAGCCAAUUUAUAUUAAAUGAACAUGUACAUUUAAACAUACAUGCCGACCAGCACAUUGUCACAAAAAUAGGAUUGAGUAUCAAUAGAUACAUGAAGAUAGACACAAAAUGAUGGAGUAACUCAGCGAGCCAGGCAGCAUCUCUAGAUAGAAGGAAUGGGUGAUGUUUUGGGUUGAGAUCCUUCUUCAGACCGAUAGAUACAUGAUGGAUAGCACUGGCAUGUAGGGUGAGGCCUAGUUUCACUCUAUGAUUCAAUCACUCACAGUAUUAACACUGUAUCAAUUCACUUGUUAUGAUUUCAAGGUCAAAACAUGAUGAAUAGAUCCAUCAUCCCUGAGUUUGCAGCUAAUCCCACUCCAAACACGGAAUGGAAUUGGUCCUGGCAUCAUGUUUGGCACAGGCAGCCUGUAAUGUCAUCGGGCAUUUAUGGGGAUGGCUGAGUGUUUUGGCAUUGGUGAUAAAUGUGGCAAUCAUUCAAAAAGGUUGAGAACACUAGAUCGGUCCUUUUAGCCUGGGGGCAUCCUCAGAGUACUUUCAUUUGGAGUUCAAACAUAGUGCAGAACUACGUAAAAUAUGGUCUGUUGGGAGAUUAGAAAAUCUCAGGUCAGACUUACACAGUACUGAGAGCACAUCAAUGAACUCCAUUUCAGUGACCUGUACCAUGUACUAUAAGGAGUAUGUGUAUGUGAACAAGCAGCAUUUAUUAAUUGAAACUGCAGGCUUCCAUUUCAUGAAAUGUACCUCCCAAAUUAAUUCAGGCACAAAGGUUAAAAAACACUGAACCUGUUACCAAUGCCAUCUGUGGAUAAUGCAGGAAACAGGACCCCCUGGCGAUGGGCAAGGCUUUCUUAUCAAAAGCACAGUGUGAUAAGGCAGGAAAUUUGGCUCUUAUAAAUUGCUGCCUUGGAAUAUGAAGAAGGAAUUGUGAAUUUGAAACAAAUGUUCAACAUCAUGCAUGUUUCGGAUUUGUUUUGAACAUUUCUUGCUUGACCAUCAGGUUGAUAGCCUGUAAGGACAUUUAAGAAGGCCGAGUAGCGGAGAUAGUGAUGAAGUGGAUACCUCUAGGGCAGGCUGUAGAGCUGGUGGUGUGCAGAGGAGGCUGGAGAAUGAGAGGGUUAUGGAUGGGAACAAUCUGACAUCAGGAUAGGAACUGGUGGUUGUCUAGUGCAGGAAAGUUUUGAGAGAUUAAUUGAAAAACACAGCAUGGAAACAGACCCUUCAGCACACCGAAUCCACACCGACUCAGAGCAAUUUAUAGAGGCCAAAUGUGGGAAGAAACUGGAGCACCCCAAAUAAACUCAUGUGGUCACAAAGAGAAUGUACAAACUCCACACAGACACCACCAGAGGUCAGGAUCAAAGCCAGGCCUUUGGCACUGUGAGGCAGUAGCUCAAGGAUGGUGGCUUCCUCUGUUACCCCCCAAACAAUAGACUUAAAUGAUGGAUUAUUGCCUCUUAUUAGCCAGAGAUUGUGAGCUCAAUAAGCAUUGUGUGGACAGCAAAGACCAGGGGAGAUGAGAAAAGAAAGUGUUGAUUUUGCUAUUAGUUUGGCCAAGAGAUUAUGAGGCUAGCUAUUGACAGAAAGACCAGCUACAUCCUCUUUCUUUCAAUUAUAUUGUUAUUCUACAGCACUUUAUGACAAAAUCCUAGUCCAUCCAUGAAAUGGUAUGUGAGUCAGCCUCCACCAAAGUGUGGAUAGGCAAAGUCUGCUACUGUUGUUUAUAGUCAAGGAUUACUGGGUGACUAGAAUACACUUUAUAUACAAGGCAAUAUAAUAUGGGAUACUUUUUCAUGUGGAUGUUCGUGACAAAUUAAUCACAAGGGACAAAAAUAAACUGGUUGGUGGCUCCAUAUAAUGUAUGCAUGUCAAAGAGUGCCAAAUAAUAAAAUCAUUUGAUUCAAAUAAGAUAAAGA